UUCGUCCAUUACGACACACGUUUUAAGUUUUAUCAAUGUUAGAGAGUCUCAUUAUAGGUGCAUGAGCCUGCGCGACAGUUUUCGAAGUUCCUAAUUACGUGAAGGCAUGCUGUGUGGAUUUGGCCUUUUCAUGAUAUCCAUGUUGCCAACUUAUUGCAUUUUGGAUCGUACGAUCUUCCUUUGUCAUUCCCGUCUUGCAGAGUUUUUGUUACCUAAACAGUGGCAGUAUGCAAAGCUACGUUUCACUGAACACGUAAUUCCCUGUGGGUGAAUGCAGUGGUCUGGGUAGGUUUGGGAAUGUUCUUAGUACAACAUGCCAAUAGGUUUGAGUGGUUGUUUGCUUAUAGGCCUUGUAAGACUCCAGCUGUAAUGAGAUAGUGAGCAAAACGCUGCAUGGUGAAGUCAUAGGUUUGAAAUUUCGGUUGGGCAAUUGGACGAUUUCUUCGUUACAAACAGGUCUGCUGAGUGAGGCAGCAACAUCAACAUGGAGCCCGACACGAUGCCCCAUGGACGCAUGAAAGGCGGUGCGUCAGCCCAGCAGUUCAAUCAGCCAAUUGACCGAGAACCCGAGGGUAUGUCAUGCUGUACCAUUGUCCUAUGGUUCUUCUCGAUCCUCUUAAUUACUGUGACAUUCCCGAUAACGAUCUGGUUUUGUUUCAAGACUGUCGCCGAGUACGAGCGAGCCAUCCUGUUCCGAGUUGGUCGUCUCUUGCCUGGAGGGCCCAAGGGACCUGGCCUGUUCUUCAUCAUCCCCUGCAUCGAUGAGAUUCAGGUGGUGGAUCUCAGGACUCUCUCCUUUGAUGUGCCACCCCAGGAGAUCCUGUCCAAAGACAGUGUGACGGUAACUGUUGACGCCGUGGUCUAUUUUCGUGUGUCUGAUCCCACCAUGGCCGUCAUCAACGUGGAGAACUACAAGCGGUCCACCGAGCUGCUUGCUGCCACCACCCUGCGUAACGUCCUGGGCACCAAGACCCUGGCUGAGCUGUUGAGCCACAGGGAGGAGAUCAGCAACACCUUACAGUCUCUCCUGGAUGAUGCCACCGAUUCCUGGGGGGUCAAAGUAGAGAGAGUCGAAAUUAAGGACGUCCGCCUGCCGAUCCAGAUGCAGCGUGCCAUGGCCGCCGAGGCGGAAGCCUCCAGGGAGGCUCGCGCCAAGGUGAUCGCUGCCGAAGGUGAGCAGAACGCAUCCCGCGCCCUGAAGGAGGCUGCCGACAUCAUCGCCGAGUCGCCCAACGCCCUCCAGCUCCGCUACCUCCAGACCCUCAACUCCAUCUCGGCUGAAAAGAACUCCACCAUCAUCUUCCCGCUGCCUGUCGAUCUACUGAGCGGAUUCAUGAAUCAAAAAUAGGUAAUCAGGUGAGAUGGGUCUCAGAGCGACACGCGCAGAGUGAAGUUUUCCUGGAAAUCAGUUGUUUUAUAGGAGAUGGAAGACGUGUUUUAUUACCAAUUUCUGACAGUGAUGGCAGAGCAAUUUUGGACAAUUUGUGUGUAUUUGUACUGUAAAUUUCUUGCUAAUUAUGAAGAACGAUCCCUAAUAGUUAACUGCAACUAUGACUUAUAAACUAAUCCGAUGAGUGUGACAGAUUCUUGAAGUAAAAGAUGACUGCCAAAUGUAUAAUUGCUUUCGUAACUAGAAUUCUUUAUAAAUACUAAAGAUAUUGUUUGUGAACAUUUUGUGUAAAAUCGGUCCAUUAUUUGACGUUAACGAAUUGUAUAUGCAGGGGAAAAUGUAAUACAAGAUGAAGAUGGAGCAAUGACGAUCCAUUGGAGGCAGAUGCAUGGCAGUUCUAAACACAAUUAUCAUUAAUGUUAAAUUAUUAAUUUUAAAAAAGACUGUCACUUUAUUUCGUGUUUUUAAAAUGUUUUAAAUCAGUUCAAAUAUACCCAGAACAAUUUAACCCUGCUUUUAUUAUUAUUUUGUGUGAACGGUGUGAAUGUGGAAUCAUGUUGUUCGUGGAGCCUAUUCUUGAGAAUUAACGAUGGAGUGAUCAUUUAUUUUUUUCAUCUAUUUUAUUUCUUUUAAUUCGCUCGAAAAUGUCUUAGAUGUGUUUUACACGCAAUUUCUCAGUUACAGUUACUGGCUGCCCAAAUAGACAAUGUAAAUAUUUAAACAAAAAAGAGUCAAGCUUGAAACAAAUAUCAUGUAGAUCUAUUUUUUACAAUGUUGUCCAUUUUCGUGAUCGUUCUGUGUAUGAAUUUCUUGCAAGAAUUGUAAUUUUCGAAACUUUUCUUCAAUGGUUAAUUGGACUAUUGAAUACACGUGUGCAUGUAUGUAUUCUACCAUAGUGUCGAGAUUUUACUUCAAACGUUAUAGAAAUUAUAUACCAUAAAUAAAAUACGCGAUAUCGAUAUUUCAA